UUUCUCCCGAACGCUCUGUUAAGUCGCGCGAUAGUGAACGACGCGAUGAGGACGUCUGGGUGGACAGGCCGAAGGAUCGCGAAACGAAACUCAUUGAACGGAGCCAGGACCUGUCCAAGCCUUCCGCCGUGUCUCGUAAAUCGCAGGGAGAAAUCGAGGACGUACGACCGGACAAGUCGAAGACAAACGAAGUGGCGACGCGUGUAAAACCGGAGGAAACGACGUACACGCGAAAACCAUUAAACGCACCGUUUGCACAGAAAAUAGACGACGAGAUAGAGGAUAUCUGGGCGGAUACGCCGAACGAUCGCGAAACAAAGUCUAUUCGACUAAUUCAGGAAACAUCACACACACAGAAACGGAUAAACACGCCGUUAACACACAAAGUAGACGAUGAGAUAGAGGAUAUCUGGAAGGAUAAACCAAAAGAUCGCGAAAUUAAACCGAUUAGAAACAGCGAGGAAACAAUAUACACAACAAAACCAAUACAUACAUCAAAACCAAUACACACGUCAAAAUCGAUUCAAACAUCAAAAUCGAUUCAAACGACAGAACCAAUAGAAACAUCGAAACCAAUACACACACGAUCUACACAAAAAGUAGAUGACGAGAUAGAGGAUAUUUGGGCAGAUAAACCAAACGAUCGUGAAAUUAAACCGAUUAGAAAUAUCGAGGAAACAAUACACACGUCAAAACCGAAACAAACAUCGAAACCAAUACACACACGAUCUGCACAAAGAGUUGAUGACGAGAUAGAGGAUAUCUGGGCAGAUAAACCAAACGAUCGCGAAAUUAAACCGAUUAGAAACAUCGAGAAAACAAUGCACACGUCAGAACCGACACAAACAUCGAAACCAAUACACACACGAUCUACACAAAAAGUAGAUGACGAGAUAGAGGAUAUCUGGGCAGAUAAACCAAACGAUCGCGAAAUUAAACCGAUUAGAAACAUCGAGAAAACAAUGCACACGUCAGAACCGACACAAACAUCGAAACCAAUACACACACGAUCUACACAAAAAGUAGAUGACGAGAUAGAGGAUAUUUGGGCAGAUAAACCGAAAGACCGCGAAAUUAAACCCAUUAAAAAGAUUGAGGAAAAAUCACGCACACCAAAACCAACACACACACCAUGUUCACGGAAAAUAAACGACGAGAUAGAGGAUAUCUGGGCAGAUAAACCGAAAGACCGCGAAAUUAAACCCAUUAAAAUGAUUGAGGAAAAAUUGCGAACACCACAAACAGCACACAAACCGUCUACACAGACAGUAAAUGACGCGAUAGAGGAUAUCUGGGCAGACAAACCGAUAGAUCGCGAAAUCAAACCCAUUAAAUACGUUGAGGAAAAAUCACGCACACCGAAACGAACACACACAAAAUCUACGGAAAAAGUAGAUGACGUGAUAGAGGAUAUUUGGGCGGACAAACCAAAAGAUCGUGAAAUUAAGCCUAUUAAAAAGAUUCAGGAAGAAUCGCGCACACCAAAACCAACACACGUACCAUCCACACAGAAAAUAGACGAUGAGAUAGAGGAUAUCUGGGCGGAUAAACCAAAAGAUCGUGAAAUAAAACCUAUUAAAAAGAUUGAGAAAACUCCAUACACGACAAAAUCAGUGCACACACCGUCUAAACAAAAAGUAAAUGACGAGAUAGAGGAUAUCUGGCCGGAUAUACGAAAAGAUCGCGAAGUUAGACCUGUUAAAAAAUACGAGGAAACAUCACACACACCGAAAUUAAAACACACACCAUCUACACAGAGAACAGAUGACAAGAUAGAGGAUAUCUUGGCGGAUAAGCCGAAAGAUCGCGAGAUUAGACCUAUUAAAAAAUACGAGGAGAUUCGGAUGUCCGAGGUCAAACCCCGCAAUCAGAACGUAGAUAAUGAGAUAGAGGAUAUCUGGGCAGAUAGACCGCAGGAUCGCGAAAUCAAACCGAUCUGGAAGGAGGAUGUCCCGAAACCAACGUCGAACAAUUCAAUCGACCGAAUCGAUUCCUCGAAAGCGAAUUCCGAAUCGCCGCUGGCUGAACCGACUGGCACGAUAGAGGAGGAGAAGCCAAAGUUAAAAACGACACGUAAAAAAGCUGAUUCGAAAAAGAAAACCGAAGGGAAACCGAAAGCUCGCAAAGUCGACGACGCGGGCAAGAAGAAAGACACGGUCGCCAGACGUAGAACAUCGACAAAGUCGACCGAUGGUUCUCAGGAGGAAGAGCCUACGGUAGACACGAAAGAUAACGGUGCGAUCACCAAUGGAACGAAGAAGGAGGAGGUCACCAGUAAAGCGAAGACCGUCGGAAAGGUGGAGACAAAGGAGGCACCCACACCUAAACCCAAGGUAGAGGAGGCUAAGAAAACGGAACCCGCGAAACCACAGACCACUCCCGGUAAACCCGCGGAGCCCAAGAAAGAGGAACCCGUCCCGAAACCCAAGACCACUCUCGGUAAACCCGAAGAGCCGAAGAAACAAGAACCGGACGCGAAACUUAAGAGCACUCUCGGUAAACCGGAAGAGUCGAAGAAACAAGAACCAGACACAAAGCCGAAGACCGCUCUCGGCAAACCCGAGGAGGCAAAGAAACAGGUACCUGACACGAAACCCAAGACUUCUCUUGGUAGACCAGAGGAGCCGAAGAAGGAAGAACCAGACACGAAACCCAAGACUUCUCUUGGUAGACCAGAGGUGCCGAAGAAACAAGAACCAGACACGAAACCCAAGAUCACUCUCGGUAAACCGGAGGAGGCGAAGAAGGAGGAACCCGCUCCGAAACCCAAGACCACCCUCGGUAAACCCGAACCGGCAAAGAAAGAAGAACCCGCCCCGAAACCCAAGAUCACCCUCGGUAAACCCGAGGCAGCAAAGACUGAGGAACUGCCGAGGAAGUUCAGUCUGAAACCCGUGUCCAAGCAAUUGGAGGAGGAGAAGAAGACUCUGCAGAAGGUGGAGCUCAAAGGGGAGAGAUCAGGACUACGUAAACCACCGAAACACGAUAUUAAAGCCGAGAGCUUUCAGUCUGUCCAACUAAAACCGGUUGCGAGAGAUCCCAAAAAGCCUCAGCAGGCUGAAAAUGGGAAUGCGGUUGAGCUGAAGAAAAUGGAGAAGGCCGAGAAGACCGAAAUUAAAAAGAAAACGGCCAAGACGGCGAAGGAGAGCAGCUACGAGCUCCCGGAAAUUCCGGAUUACGAGAGACCGGUGCUGGAGAAGCCUCAGGAGUUCGAGUUCGGCGAUCGCGUGGCUCGCGACAAGACUAAGCUCGACAGACCCACUACUCAGAAAUUCGACUCUAAGCCGAAAGUGCCCGAGAUCAAAGCUCCGGAGGCGCCGAAGAUCGAAGUGAUCAAGGACGUGACCCCGGCCGGAAGCAGAAAGGGUUCUCUGAUACCAGGCAGCGGGACCAGCAGUCGGCGCGGUUCGUUGAUACCGCCGGAGGAAUUGGGUCGCAGGCCCAGCCUGAUCAUCAGUGACGAGGAGAAUAGGAAGCUGCGACCAGGCGAGGUGGUGGACGAGCGCAAGUUGGGAAGGUUACGGCCCGGCGAGGUGUUAGACGCCAAGAGUAAGUCUGGCCGACCCGGCGAGCUACAGGGGAAAGAGCGUCGUCGUCCGAGCACGGACGUCAGAAGACCCAGCGUGGCGGACCUCGAGAAUAAGAUCAAUCAACCGAGCACACCUCUCCGAGAUGUUGGACCAUCGGGACCACCUCAAAUCGUCGAUGUGCAGGAGUCAUAUUCCGCCGUCGAAGAUUCGACGGCGUAUCUCACGGUCGGGGUGGAGGGUACGCCCGCGCCCACCUUCAAGUUCUACAAAGGGAUCACCGAAAUCAUCGAAGGUGGCCGAUUCAAGUUCCUUACGGACACGGAGACCAAUACGAUCACCCUCUGCAUGAGGAAGACGAAGCCCAACGACGAGGGCACUUACAAGAUCGUCGUGAGCAACAUCCAUGGCGAGGACUCCGCCGAGAUGCAGCUUUACGUUUCCGACGCCAGUGGUAUGGACUUCCGUGCUAUGCUGAAGAAGAGGAAGUACCAGAAAUGGGCGCGAGAGGAACAGGAGCAGGAGAAGGUAGACUUGAAGGAAGUCGAGAAGCCGAUGCCAGCUUUGAAGAAAGUGGAGAAGUCGCUGCACGACAGCGUGCUGCAUGGGAGGAGCUGGUAUCAAGACGGGGAGGAAAUAGUGAUCUUGGAGGAGGGUGAGGAGGUCCUUCGAAUUUCUCUAGACAAGAAGGGUGAAACUAACUGGAGCUGGCUCAAGGACGUCUUCGACAUUCAUCGCAGGCCAAGUUUGCAGGAGCUAAUCGCCGACUGGCCGAUACUAGCGACAACGGUCAAAGAGAAGAAACAAGAAAGCUUCCUGAAACCGCUGGUCGACCAAUACGCCAAGGAGGGCAAAGACAAGAAGGUCGUGUUCGAGGCAAACUUCUCGAAACCGAACUGCAAGCCGAAAUGGUUCUUCCGAAAAGACGAACUGUUCCCGUCGUCGAAGUACAAGUUCAAGAACGAAGAGGAUUGCUACCAGCUGAUCAUCUUGAACCCGAAGGUCGAGGACACCGGCAAAUACACUAUCGAAAUAUCGAACAUUUCGAGCACUGGAUUCCUCAACGUCGAGGAACCGGAUCCGACCUACACGUUCACCAAACCGCUCUCGAAGAAAUCGAGCGGCUUCACGAAACACGAAGUGCAAAUGGAAUGUACCGUCAGCUCGAAUCUCGCUCAAGUUUCAUGGUACAAAGGAAAGACGAAGCUCGAGGAAGGUGACAUGUACAGUAUGUCGAAGGACAUGAGCGGCGUUUGCCGACUGACCAUAAAGAGUGCAACGCUGGAGGACAGCGGCGAGUACAUCUGUAAGAUCAGCAAACAAACGGAUAAGACUGAAACGGUUCUCACUGUAGUUGAGUAUCCGUACAAGUUCGUCAAGGUGCUGAAGCACCAGCAGCUCGUCGAGAAGGAGACUCUGACUCUGCUCUGCGAGCUGGACGACGCUGGCGGCGAAGUGAAAUGGUUCAAGGGCGACCAAGAGAUCCUGCCUGACAAGAGGGUACAAAUCAAGGAGGAGGGCAGGAAGAGGAAGCUCACGAUCAAGGACGUGAAGGUGACGGACGCGGGUCUGUACUCCUGCGUGAGCAACGCCGACAAGACCGAAGCCGAAAUAGUCGUGAACUACGCGAACCGCUUCAACAAGAAGCUGAAGGACACGGUGGCGGUGGAGAGAGAGAAGUUGGUGCUCGACGUGGAGCUGCAGGACCAAACUGCGCCGGCCGAAUGGAAGUUCAACGGCCAGCCGAUCACGCCGAACGACAGGAUAGAGAUCAAGAACCUGGGCGGCGGCAAGCAUCAAUUGGUGUUCAACAGCACGGAGAUGUCCGACGACGGUGAGAUCACCUGCGAGAGCGGCCAGCUAAGCAGCAGCUGCAAGCUCACGGUGAGGAAGGGCGAGAGCAAACCGAUCUGCGAGGUUCCGGACAAGGUCGAAGGACCCUGCAGCGCGCCGAUCGUGUUCGUGGUUCCAUACAAGAUCGAGGGCACGAAACAGAGUCAGGUGGAGGCCAAGCUGAUGAAGGACGGCAAACCUCUGCCUCUGAAGGAGGUCGAGGUGGUCGUCGGCGAGGACAAGAUCACGUUCAAGGUCAAGAAACCCUCUCGCGAUCAGUCCGGCAUGUAUCAAGUGAAGAUCGGCAACAAUCAGGGAGAGGAGGUCAAGGACGUGAACAUCGUCAUGCAAGACGUGCCACAACCGCCCACUGACGUCGACGUGAACGAGAUCUUCCAGAACUCGUGCGUGGUGUCGUUCAAGCCGUCGAAGGACGACGGUGGAUCGCCGAUCACGAAGUACGUGAUCGAGCGGCUGGAUCUCAGCCUGAAAGCGCAAUGGGACAGCGUCGGCGAGGUGCAGCCGGGCGAGAAGUGCGUCUACAAGGUGCAGGACUUGAUCGCGAAGAAGGAGUACAAGUUCCGCAUCAGGGCGGUGAACAAACUCGGCUCCAGCGAACCGGCGAUGUUCGCCAAGCCGGUUCUUGCCAAGGAUCCGUGGGACGAGCCGGGCAAGCCCACAAACGUGGACGUGACCGACUGGGACAAGGACCACGCGGACCUGAAAUGGACGAAGCCGGAGAACGAUGGCGGCGCGCCUAUCACGGGCUACGUAAUCGAGUACAAAGAGAAGUUCGGCAAAGAAUGGGUGAAGGGCAAAGAGAUCGAGGGCGACGUGACGCAAGCGACGAUCGACGGUUUGAAAGAGGGCACGCAGUACGAGUUCAGGAUCAGGGCGGUGAACAAGGCUGGUCCUGGCGAGCCUUCGGACGCCACCAAGCCCAUCAUCGCCAAGUGCCGAUUCGUCAAGCCGUACAUCGUUGGCGACGGCCUGACGAACCUGAUCGUCAAGAAGGGACAGGUGAUCAAAUACGACAUCAAGUAUGCCGGCGAGCCGGAACCGGAAGUGCACUGGUUCCUCGGGGAGAAAGAGUUGGUCCAGGAUGCGGCCGAGAGGAUCACGAUCGACAAAUACGAGAGGAACACGGUGCUCACCGUCAGGAAAACGACCAGACCAGACUCAGGGAAGUACAAACUGGUCCUGACCAACAGCUCGGGAACCUGCGAGAGCAUCGCCGACGUUGUCGUCCUUGACAAACCUGCGCCACCGAAGGGUCCGUUGAAGGUGGAAGAGGUACGCGCCGACCACGUAAAAGUCAAAUGGCAGCGACCACCGGACAACGGCGGCACAGACAUCACCGGAUACGUCCUCGAGAAAAUGGACAUGGACACGGGACGGUGGGUCCCCGCCGGCGAAGUCGGUCCCAACGAGGACACCUUCACCUUCAGCGGUCUCACGCCGAAGAAGAAGUACAAGUUCCGCGUGAAGGCCGUCAACAAGGAGGGCGAGUCCGAGCCUCUGGAAGUCGACGAGUCCAUCCUCGCCAAGAACCCCUACGACGAGCCUGGCAAGCCCAGCAAGCCGGAGAUAUUCGACUACGACAACGUGAGCGUGUCCUUGAAGUGGAAGAAGCCGGACGAAGACGGCGGCAGGCCGAUCACGCACUAUACCAUCGAGAUGAAGGACAAGUUCGCGGUGGAUUGGGUCGAGGUCACUAAGACGGAGGACGCCAACCCGGAGUGCAAGGUGGAGGGAUUGAAGGAGAAAAUGGUUUAUCAAUUCCGUGUGCGGGCGCACAACAAGGCAGGACCUGGCCAGCCUAGCGAGCCUACCGACAACCACGUGUGCAAGCACAGAAACCUGAAGCCAAGGAUCGACAGGACCAAUUUCAAAUCGAUUAUCAUCAAGGCCGGUCGCACGCACAAGUGGUCCGUGGACAUAAUCGGCGAGCCGCCGCCGGAGACAAAAUGGAUCUGGCGGGACAAUAUUCCUCUGACGAACACGGAGCGCAUCAAGAUCGAGAACGUCGACUAUCAUACCGACUUCUCGAUCGUGAACGCGCAGCGCAAGGACACCGGCAAGUACACUCUCGUCGCGGAGAACGUGAACGGCAAAGACGAGGAGACCGUGGAACUCACCGUCCUCGGAAAGCCGGGCGCUCCGAAGGGUCCGCUGGAGGUGACCGACGUGACCGCCACAUCGGCCAAGGUCAAGUGGGAGAAGCCGGAGGACGACGGCGGCGUGCCGAUCAAGGAGUACGAGAUCGAGAAGCUGGACACGAAGACCGGCAAGUGGGUCAGAGUGGGCAAGGUCCCUGGCACCUCGCCGCUGACGGAGUUCGAGGUGACUGGUCUGAAUCCUGGCAGCGAGUACAAGUUCCGCGUGACCGCUGUCAACGACGAGGGCGACUCCGAGCCUCUCGAGAGCGAGAGGCCGAUCAUCGCCAAGAAUCCAUACGAUGAACCUCACAAACCCGGAACGCCGGAGAUCACCGAUUACGACAACGAGUCGGUCAGCUUGAAGUGGACGCCGCCCGACUUCGAUGGCGGGGCGCCGAUCGAGAAGUACAUCAUCGAGAAGAAGGAUCGCUACAAGCCGGACUGGGAGAAAGCGAUGGAGGUGCCCGGCAGCCAGGUGGAGGCUAAGGUGGCCGAUCUCAAGGAACGAGGGGAGUAUCAGUUCCGGGUGAUCGCCGUGAACAAAGCUGGAGUGUCUCCGCCGUCGGACGCGUCGAAGAUGCAGAUCUGCAAGCACAAAUCUCUGAAACCGAGGAUCGAUCGCACGAACCUGAAACCGAUCACUGUCAGAGCUGGCAAGGCCAUCAAGUACGACGUGGACGUUCGCGGUGAACCGCCGCCGGAGAUCACGUGGUACCACGCGAACUUGGCGAUGAAGACGGGAGAAAACAUCGAGAUCAUCAAUGUCGACUACAACACGAAGCUCAACAUUAGCGACUGCCUGCGCAAGAACACCGGUGUCUGGAAGAUCAAGGCGGUGAACCCGCACGGCGAAGACGAGGCCGAAGUCGAGAUUACCAUUCUCUCGGCUCCUGGCAAACCGAAGGGUCCUCUGAAAGUGUCCGACGUCACGAAGAGCGGAUGCAAGUUGAAAUGGGGCAAGCCAGAGGACGACGGUGGUAAACCCGUUACCGGCUACCAGGUCGAGAAGCUGGACAAGGCUACCGGAAGGUGGGUACCGGUUGGACGCACCAACGACACCGAGAUGGACAUCAAAGGGCUCCAGGAAGGUCACGAGUACGAGUUCCGGGUGAAGGCCAUCAACGAGGAGGGCGAGUCGGAACCUCUGGUCACCGAUAGCACCACUCUCGCCAAGAAUCCCUACGACGUGGCCGGCAAGCCUGGUGUGCCAGAAUUCGAGGACUGGGACGUUGACCGCGUGGACCUGAAGUGGGAGGCGCCGAAGAACACCGGAGGCGCGGCCAUCACCGGUUACAUCAUUGAAAUGAAAGAGAAGCCGUCGACCCAGUGGCAGGAAGCCACGGUGACGGAUUCACCGCAGCCGAAGGGCCGUGUCACUGGGCUGAAGAAGGGUUCGGUCUACCAGUUCCGAGUCCGUGCGGUGAACAAGGCUGGACCAUCGGAGCCUAGCGACCCAACGAAGCCGCACACCGCUAAGGCUCGUUACCUGAAACCACACAUCAACCGCGACAAGCUGCAACAAAUCAAGGUCAGAGCCGGUCAAAUGGUGAAGCUGGAAGUCGACGUGGAAGGCGAACCGCCUCCAACGGUGACCUGGAACUUCGGCGGCGCGGUCCUGCAGACCGGCGCCAAUGUCAAGAUCGACAACGAGGAUUAUCUGACGAAGAUUCACUUGACGGACACCAGUCGCAAGCUGAGCGGCAAAUACACGAUCAAGGCGGUGAACGACUCGGGCCAGGACGAGGCCGACGUCGACAUCAUCAUCCUCGACAAGCCCGGAAAGCCGGAGGGGCCUCUGGAGGUGACGGACGUCCACAAGGAGGGAUGCAAGCUGAAGUGGAGCAAGCCGAAAGACGACGGCGGUCUGCCGCUGUCCAGCUACGUGAUCGAGAAAAUGGACGCGACCACGGGACGAUGGGUGCCCGCUGGCAUCGUCGAUCCUGACAAAACUGAGCACGCGAUCACCGGCCUGGAGCCUGGUCACAAGUACGAGUUCCGUGUCAAAGCUGUGAACGAAGAGGGAGAGUCGGAGCCGCUGCAAACGGACGCUGCGAUCGUUGCCAAGAACCCCUAUGAUGUGCCUGGAGCACCUGGCCUGCCAGAAAUCAUCGACUGGUCGGAGAACAUGGUGAAACUAAAGUGGGAGCCGCCCAUACGGGAUGGCGGCGCGAAGAUUACCGGCUACAUCAUCGAAAUGAAGGACAAGUUCGGCACUCAGUUUGUCAAGGCUGCCGAGACCCAGGGCCCUGCCUGCACGGGAACAGUGACCAGGCUGGAGGAAGGAAACCAAUACCUGUUCCGAGUUCGAGCCGUGAACAAAGCCGGUCCUGGCGAACCCAGCGAAGCUACCAAUCCGCACACGGCUAAGGCUCGUUGGCUGAAACCGUUCAUCGACCGCACGAACCUGCAACCCAUCACCGUGAAGGUUGGUCUGACGGUGACCUUGGACGUGAACAUAAUCGGCGAGCCCCCGCCAACCGUGACCUGGUCGUUCGAAGGGAAAGAGCUGAAGUCGGACGACACGAUCCGUAUCGAUAACAUCGACUACAACACAAAGUUCUUCAUCCUGAAGACCAAGAGAGCUCACACCGGCAAGUACGUGAUCAACGCGAAGAACGAGGUGGGCGAGGACACCGCCGAGGUCGAGAUCGCUGUCCUGGGUAAACCCGGCAAGCCGAAGGGUCCUUUGGAAGUGUCCGACGUGAACAAGCACGGCUGCAAGUUGAAAUGGGACAAGCCGGAAGACGACGGCGGCGCUCCGGUCGAGUACUACGAGAUCGAGAAACUGGAUCCUCUCACCGGCCAAUGGAUCCCUUGCGCGAAGUCCACGGAGCCGGAAUGCACGAUCACCGGUCUCCAGGAGGGCAAACCGUACAAGUUCCGCGUGAAAGCGGUGAACCGAGAGGGCGAGUCCGACGAUCUAGAGGCGGAUAAGUCCAUCAUUGCCAAGAAUCCAUUCGACGAGCCUGGCAAACCCGGUCGUCCAGACAUCAAGAACUGGGACAAGGACUUCGUGGACCUCGAAUGGACGCCGCCGAGAGACGACGGCGGCGCUCCCAUCGAGAAGUACAUCGUACAGAUGCGGGACAAGGAAGGAAGACAGUGGAUAGACGUCGCGAAGGUGUCGGGCGACCGCACCGCGGCCAAGGUCACCGAUGGAAUCGAGGAGGGUCACGAGUACGAGUUCAGGAUAGUGGCUGUGAACAGAGCCGGACCGGGCGAGCCCAGCGACACCUCGAAGAGCGUCGUGGCUAAACCGCGGUUCUUGGCGCCACGCAUCGACCGCAAGAACCUCCAGAAGAAGGUGAUGCGAGUGGGACAGAUGCUGCGCCUCGAGGCGGCCAUCCAAGGCGAGCCUCCGCCAAUCGUCACGUGGAUGUUCAAGGAGGCCGUGCUGAAGAGCAUGGAUCGCCUCAAGAUCGAGAACGAGGACUACCACACCACGUUCAUCAUCACGAAACUGCAGAGGAUCGACACCGGCACCUACACGGUGAUCGCGAAGAACGACAGCGGUACCGAUCAAGUGGAGGUCGAGCUCCAGGUGAUGAGCAAGCCCGGCAAGCCGAAGGGACCUCUGGAGGUGUCCGACGUCACGGCGGAGGGCUGCAAGCUGAAAUGGGACAAACCCGACGACGACGGCGGCGAGCCAGUCGAUCACUACGUCAUCGAAAGGAUGGACGUGGAUACUGGAAGAUGGGUACCUUGCGCCACGAGCAAAACACCCGAGGCCGACGUCACCGGCUUGAACGAGGGCAAGGACUACAUGUUCCGCGUGAAGGCUGUGAACUCCGAGGGCGAGUCCGAGCCUUUGGAGACGGCGAUCCCGACCACGGCGAAGAAUCCCUACACCGAGCCGGACGCGCCCGGCAAGCCAGACCUGAAGGACUGGUCCAAGCAGCACGUUGACCUGAAGUGGAAGGCUCCGAAGAAGGACGGCGGCGCGCCGAUCGAGAAGUACAUCAUCGAGAAGAAGGAUCAGUUCGGCAAGUGGCAGAAGGCUGCCGAGGUGCCUGGAAACAAGACCGAAGGACGGGUCGAAGACCUGAUCGAAGGGCAGAAGUAUCAAUUCCGCGUGAAGGCGGUGAACAAGGGUGGCCCGAGCAAGCCCAGCGAAGCCAGCGACAGCUUGAUCGCGAAGGACCGAUACGCUGCGCCGAAGAUCGACCGCACGAACAUGAAGGAUCUCACGGUCAAGGCAGGCAAUCACAUUCGCAUAGACGCGAAAGUGUCCGGUGAACCGCCUCCAACCAAGACCUGGUUCCUGAACAAGGCCAAACAGGAGACCGGCGGUAUCCUGUCGAUCGAGCUGGAGGACUAUAGAACCAAGUACAUCAUAAUGUCGGCGAGCAGGGCUCACUGCGGCACGCUGACCCUGAAGGCGGAGAACAGCUCCGGCAAGGACGAGGCGUCGAUCGAGAUCCUGGUGCUGGACAAACCGAGCAAACCGGAGGGUCCUCUGAAGGUGUCCGACGUGCACAAGGAAGGAUGCACGCUGAAAUGGAAUCCGCCGUUGGACGACGGCGGCACGCCGCUCGACCAUUACGUCGUCGAGAAAAUGGACACGGAAACGGGUAGAUGGAUCCCCGUGGGACGCACCAAGGAUCCCAACAUGGUCGUCGAGAAUCUGGUACCCGGACAGGAGUACAAGUUCCGAGUCGCUGCUGUAAACGCGGAAGGUGAAUCGGAACCAUUGGAAACGGAGUACGGCGUCGUGGCGAAGAAUCCAUUCGACGAACCAGGACCACCUGGUCGCCCAGAGGCUACCGAUUGGGACAAGGAUCACAUUGACCUAAGAUGGACUCCACCAUUGAAGGAUGGUGGAUCUCCAAUCACCGGUUACAUUGUGGAGAAGCGCGAGAAGGACAGUCCGCGAUGGAUAAAGGCUCUCGAGACCGGACCCGACUGCAAGGGACGCGUCGACAACCUCGACGAAGGCGUCGAAUACGAAUUCCGCGUGAGGGCCAUCAACGCAGCUGGCCCCGGCGAGCCGUCGGACACCAGCAAACCGAUCACAGCCAAGAGCCGACGACUCGCGCCGAGAAUCGACCGGAAGAACUUGCGCGACAUCACGGUUCGCGAGAACGAAGGGUUCCACUUCGACGUUAAGAUCAUCGGUGAACCGCCGCCGGACGUCACCUGGGUCCUGAACAACAAGAGCAUCCAAGUGACGACGUUCCGUCGCAUACAGAACGUCCCGUACAACAGCAAGUUCUUCAACGACAAGCCCGAGCGCAAAGACAGCGGCAUCUACAAGAUCACCGCGGUGAACCAACACGGUUCGGACACGGCCGACGUCGAGGUCACCGUUGUCUCGAAACCUGGCAAACCGGAGGGACCGCUGGAGGUGUCCGACAUCCACAAGGAGGGAUGCACGCUCAAGUGGAAGAAGCCGAAAGACGACGGCGGCGAACCGAUCGAGGGAUACCUCGUGGAGAAGUUCGAUCCGGACACCGGUGUCUGGUUGCCUGUCGGCAAGACAAUGGGUCCCGAGAUGAAGGUAGAAGGACUGACGCCUGGACACGAGUACAAGUUCAGGGUGAAAGCGCUAAACAAGGAAGGAGAGUCGGAGCCGUUGGAGACUUUCGGCUCGAUCGUCGCCAAAGAUCCGUUCACUGUCCCAAGUCCUCCGGGAGCACCGGAGCCGGUCGACUGGACCGCGAACCAGGUGGAGCUGACCUGGAAGGAGCCGGUCAGCGACGGAGGAUCGCCCAUCACCGGGUACAUCGUCGAAAAGAAAGACAAAUACAGCACGAUGUGGGAGAAAGCUGUGGAGAUCGAGAUACCGUCCACAAGAGCCAUGGUCCAUGGUCUGAUCGAGGGCAACGAUUACCUGUUCCGCGUGAUCGCUGUGAACAAGGCUGGCCAAUCGGAGCCUGGAGACUCCAGCAAGACGUUCACGGCGAAACCACGCUUCCUGGCACCCAAGAUCGAUCGACGCAAUCUAAGGGACGUCACUCUGUCCGCCGGCUCUCUGUUGAGGUUCGACGCGAACGUGAUCGGAGAACCGCCGCCACACAUCGAGUGGCGAUACGGAGCGAUCCCGUUGCACUCGGACAGAAAAGUACAAAUCGACAACUCGGAGUACAGCACCAAGUUCAGCAUACGGCCGGUGUCGCGAGACGACAGCGGCGAUUACACGGUCACGGCUCAUAACACCUCGGGCAGAGACUCGGUCACGGUGCAGGUCACCGUCACGGACAAGCCGAUGCCGCCGGAGGGACCGCUUCAGAUCUCGGAUGUCCACAAGGAGGGCUGCAAGCUGAAAUGGAAGAGGCCGAAGGACGACGGCGGCACUCCGAUCGAGUAUUACCAGGUGGACAAAAUGGACCCGGAGACCGGGUGCUGGGUGCCUUGCGGCAGAUCCACCGAGCCAAACUUGGAGGUGAGUGGUCUGACACCGGGCAAAGAAUACUUGUUCCGGGUCAGCGCGGUGAACGCCGAGGGAGAGUCCAAGCCUCUGGAGGCGGAGCAAGCCAUUUUGGCCAAGAAUCCGUUCGACGAGCCGGGCAAGCCAGGCGAUCUCCGGGCAACCGACUGGGACAAGGAUCACGUGGAUCUCGCGUGGACACCGCCAACGAACGACGGCGGAUCGCCCAUCACCGGCUACGUCAUCGAGAAGAAAGACAAAUACGGCGAAUGGGAGAAGGCGGUGGAAGUGCCUGCGGAUGAGACGUCCGCCACCGUUCCCGACCUGAUCGAAGGCCAGCCGUACGAGUUCCGCGUGCGCGCCGUAAACAAAGCCGGCCCUGGCGAGCCAUCCGAUCCGACGCCAACGAUCAUUGCGAAACCGCGAAACCUGGCGCCGAGGAUCGACCGCACGAAUCUGAUCGAGGUUAAGAUCAAGGCAGGUCAGAACUUCAGCUUCGACGUCAAGGUGACCGGCGAACCGCCGCCGACCACCAGGUGGAAGUUGAACGGCCGGGAGGUCAGGCCGACCGAUCGCAUCAAGGUCAAGCACCAGGACUACAACACCAGCCUGAGCGUCCGGAUGGCCGUCAGAGAGGAUUCCGGCAAAUACGUCAUCACCGCCGAGAACAUAAACGGCGAGGACGAGGCUGUCGUGAAGGUGACGGUCCUGGACAGGCCGAGCCCGCCUCAGGGACCGCUCAGAGUAUCCGACGUUCACGCGGAAGGAUGCAAGCUGAAUUGGAAACCGCCGGAGGACGACGGCGGGCAACCGGUGGAGAAGUACGUCGUCGAGAAGAUGGACGAGGCUACCGGCCGAUGGGUACCUGCCGGGGAAACCGACGGGCCCGAGACGUCCCUUCAAGUCGAAGGACUCACGCCUGGACACAAGUACAAGUUCAGAGUCCGGGCGGUCAACAAGCAUGGAAAGUCGGAACCGCUGGCCUGCAUGCAGACCGUCGAGGCGAAGAAUCCAUUCGACGAGCCAGGAAAGCCCGGAGUGCCGACAGUCAGCGACUACGACUCGGACUUCGUGGAACUUCAGUGGGACCGGCCGCACGAGGACGGUGGUUCUCCUAUCACCGGCUACAUCAUAGAGAAACGCGACAAGUACAGCCCGACUUGGGAGAAAUGCGCCGAAGUAGAAGGCGACGUGAAUCGCGGAAAGGUGAACGAUCUGAUCGAGGGUACUCACUACGAGUUCCGCGUGAGGGCGGUCAACAAAGCCGGGCCUGGCGAACCAUCGGACGCCUCCAAAUCGCACCUGGCCCGUCCCAAGAAUCUUGCUCCGAGGAUCGACAGGAAGUACAUGUUGGACGUGAAAGUGAAGGCCGGCGGUUUCUACGACUUCGACGUGCCGGUGAUCGGCGAGCCGCCUCCAACGAAGACGUGGACGCUGAAGGGCACGCCGGUGAUCGGCGACGACCGCAUCAAGAUCGUGAACGAGGACUACAACACGAAGGUCCGAGUGAUCGAGGCCAGGCGGUCCGACUCCGGCGUGUACACGCUGGAGGCGAAGAACGUGAACGGCCGGGACGCUGCCACGCUGAACGUGAACGUGCUGGACGUGCCAGCGCCGCCGGAAGGUCCUCUGAAGAUCGAGAACGUGACCAAGAACGGAUGCAACCUGAAGUGGCGACCGCCGAGAGACGACGGUGGCUCGGAGAUCCAGUACUACCAGGUCGAGAAGAUGGACACGGAGAACAUGCGAUGGGUGCCGGUGGCGGAGGCGAACACCACUUCCGCCCACGUCGACCACCUGAUCGAGGGACACGACUAUCAGUUCCGAGUCCGCGCCGUGAACAAGCAAGGAGAAUCCAUGCCGCUCACCGGCAUGGACACCAUCACUGCCAAAGACCCUUACGACAGGCCCGACAGACCUGGCGCGCCGGUCGCCACCGACUGGGACAAGGACCACGUCGACUUGGAAUGGCCGCCGCCUAAGAAGGACGGCGGAUCGCCCAUCACCGGGUACAUCAUCGAGAAGAAGCCGCGAUUCGGCUCCUGGGAGAAGGCCGUGGAGCUCGACGGCAGCAAGAACAGCGGCACGGUUCCUGAUCUAGUCGAAGGAACGGAGUACGAGUUCAGGGUGAUCGCCGUCAACAAGGGCGGCCUUAGCGAGCCUUCCGACGCCUCGUCGCCGAUCAUCGCCAAACCGCGCUUCCUCGCCCCAACGUUCGACCCGCACGCUCUAAGCGACCUGGUGGUCCGAGCCGGACAAAAGAUCAGCUACGUCAUUCCCAUCCAAGCCUCUCCGAAACCCAUGGCCAGCUGGACCCUGGAGGGAUCCGUGAUCAUGGCGGACACCCGCCACGAGAUGUACACCACCAACACGGAGACCACCUUCGAGAUUCCGUUCUCCGUUCGCUCGGACACCGGUCGUUACGCGUUGACCCUGGUCAACGAUCAUGGAAAGUGCAGCUCCAGCGCAAGGGUCACGGUCCUGGACAGACCGUCGCCGCCGCAGAAGCCGCUCGAGAUCAGCAACAUCACCAAGGAAGGUUGCCACCUGGCUUGGGGUCAUCCUCUGGACGACGGAGGCAGCCCCAUCCUCCACUAUAUCAUCGAGAAAAUGGACUUGUCCCGUGGCACCUGGUCCGAUGCCGGUAUGAGCAUGGUCCUGAGCCACGAAGUCGCUAGACUGACGCAUCGCAAGGAGUAUCUGUUCCGCGUGAAGGCCGUCAACACCAUCGGCGAGUCCGAUCCGCUCGAGGCGCCGAGAAGCAUCGUGGCUAAGAACGAGUUUGAUGAACCGGACGCUCCUGGAAGACCGCUGAUUACCGAUUGGGACAGAGACCACGUCGAUCUGCAAUGGCCGGCGCCUAGCAACGACGGUGGAUCGCCGCUGACCGGAUACAUCAUUCAGAAGAAGGAGAAGGGUUCGCCGUACUGGGUGAACGCUGUCCACGUUCCUCCGAAGCAGACCAAUACCACCGUGCCUGAUCUAACGGAGGGACAAGAGUACGAAUUCCGUGUGAUCGCGACGAACGCUGCCGGACAGUCGGAGCCGUCCGAGCCGAGCGACCUUGUCACCGCCAAACCGCGUCACCUUGCCCCGAAGAUCAAGACACCUCUGCAGGACAUCCGCAUCAAGGCCGGACUGAUCUUCCACGUCGACAUCGACUUCGUCGGCGAGCCAACGCCGGAAGUCUCUUGGACGGUCGGCGCCAAGGACUUGCAGACCACCGACAGAACGACCGUCACCUCGAUCGGCUACCACACCAUCGUGCACACGGUGAACGCCAAGAGAUCCGACUCCGGGCAGUAUCACUUGUUGCUGAAGAACAGCAGUGGCAUAGACGAAGGUAGCUUCCAGGUGAUCGUCCUCGACAGACCGGGACCGCCGGAGGCGCCUCUCGAGUACGAGGAGAUCACGAGCCAGUCGGUCACGCUAUCCUGGAAGCCGCCGAAGGACAACGGUGGCAGCGAGAUCACCGGGUACGUGAUCGAAAAACGCGACCUGACCCACGGUGGCGGUUGGGUACCAGCGGUGACCCACGUCAAUCCGAAGUUCAACCACGCCACCGUCCCAAGGCUGCUCGAAGGCACCACCUACGAGUUUAGAGUGUCCGCGGAGAACCUCCAGGGACGCUCCGAUCCACUGACCACGGAUCGCUCGAUCGUCGCCAAGAACCAAUUCGUCGCGCCCGGACAGCCCGGCAAGCCGGAACUGGUCGACGCCGACAAAGAUCACAUCAAGAUCAAAUGGACCGCGCCGAUCAGCAACGGCGGUUCGAAGAUCAUCGGCUACGACGUCGAGCGCCGCGACAGAGCGACCGGCCGCUGGCUGAAGAUGAACAAGGAGCCCGUCAGAUACGCAGAGUUCUACGACGAUCAUGUGACCGAGGGCCACGCGUACGAGUACCGCGUGACCGCGAUCAACGCCGCCGGAUCCGGUAAACCGAGCGACACCUCCUCGGUGUUCAUCGCUAAGCCGAUGAAGGAGAAGCCGAAGCUGAACCUCGACGCGCUGAUCGGACGCAAGAUCAAGGUCCGAGCCGGAGAACCGAUCAACAUUAACAUACCGCUGAGCGGAGCUCCGACGCCCACGAUCGAAUGGACCAGGAACGCCAGGCCGAUUCUCGAGACUCUGCGAAUCUCGACCGAGACGAAGAGCGACCGCACCAGCCUGUCGAUCGAGAAAUCGGUCCGCGACGACGGCGGCAACUACACUGUUUCGGCGACGAACGAGUACGGCCGGGACUCGGCGGACAUCGAAGUGAUCGUUGUGGACAGGCCCGGACCACCUCAGGGCCCGCUGCAGUACACCGGCACCACCCAGGAGUCCGUGUCCCUGUCGUGGAACAAGCCUCUGGACGACGGCGGUUCCGACAUCACGAACUACAUCGUCGAGGUGUCGGACUACGGUGUCGACAACUGGAGACAGACGCCUGGAUACUGUCCCAGGACCAGCUACACUGCCAAGGGACUCACCGAGGGCAAGAAGUACAUCUUCAGGGUCCGUGCCGAGAACAUGUACGGCGUGUCGGAGCCGCUGGAAGGCAAGCCGGUGGUCGCGAAGAGCCCGUACGAUCCUCCGGACGCGCCCAGCCAGCCGGAGAUCCUCGGAUACACUCCGAACAGCUGCAGCCUCUUCUGGAAUCCACCGCUGAACACCGGUGGCAAACCUAUCACAGGUUACUACGUGGAGAGGCGCGAGCGUGGCGGAGAAUGGCUGAAGGUCAACAAUUACCCGACUCCGAACACCACGUUCACGGUACAGGAUCUCCACGAGGGAUCCAAGUACGAGUUCAGGGUUAUCGCGGUGAACGAGGCCGGCGCAGGCAAACCCAGCAAGCCUACCGAGCCGAUCACCGCUGGACACCAGCGUUUGCGUCCCGAUCCUCCCGAUGCACCGAAGCCCGACAGGAUCACCAAGGACUCGGUGACCCUGAGCUGGCGUCCUCCGCGCAGCGACGGCGGCUCCAAGAUCAGAGGAUACAUUGUCCAGAUCAAGCAGAGAGGACAGGACGAGUGGGACGAAGUGAACGGUGCCCUGAUACCGACGAACGUCUACACGGUGCCGAAGCUGAAGGAGGGCGAGGAGUAUCUGUUCAGAGUGAUCGCCGUGAACGACGUCGGCAACAGCGACCCGAGCAAGGCGAGCAACCCUAUUGUCAUCGAGGAACAGCCGAACAAGCCGGUGAUGGAUCUGGGAGGAGUUCGCGACAUCACCGUACGCGCCGGCGAAGACUUCUCCAUUCACGUGCCCUACAUCGGCUUCCCGAAACCCACUGCCACAUGGUACGCCAACGACGUCGUCAAGGACGAGACCGACCAUCGCGUGCACCAACAGCUGGCCGACGAUUACGCCAGUUUGGUGGUGAAGAACUCGAAGCGAUCCGACGGAGGAGUGUACAGACUCCAACUGCGCAACUCUUCGGGCUUCGACACGGCCACCUUGAACGUCAAGGUGCUCGACAGACCGAAUCCGCCGGAGAACCUCCACGCCGACGAGUUCGGAGGAGACGCUCUGACCUUGUUCUGGAACCCGCCGAAGGACAACGGCGGCGCGGACAUCACCAACUACGUCCUCGAGAAACGCGAGCCGAAGGGCACGUGGUCGAAGGUGAGCAGCUACAUCACAACACCGUUCGUCCGAGUCAGGAACCUGACGGUCGGAAGCACCUACGAGUUCCGCGUGAUGGCCGAGAACCAGUACGGCACCUCGGAUCCAGUGACCACGAUGGACCCGAUCAAGGCCAGGCAUCCGUUCGAUCCGCCUGGCGCGCCUGGCGCGCCGAGAGGCGUCGAGACUUCGGAGGACAGCAUCACGAUCACCUGGACCAAGCCUCGUCACGACGGAGGCUCCCCGAUCCUUGGCUACGUGAUAGAGAAGCGAUUGUUGAGCGAGGACAAGUGGACGAAGGCCACGCCGUCCCUCGUUCACGAGACCACCUACAGGGUGACCGGGCUGAUCGAGAACCACGACUACGAGUUCCGCGUGGCAGCAGAAAAUGCUGCCGGCCGCGGACCGUACAGCUCGAACUCCGAAGUGAUCAGAGCCAGCGCGCCACCAUUCCCGCCGAGGAUCACGUCCGACCUCAGCAUCCGCGACAUGACAGUGAUCGCCGGAGAACCGUUCACGAUCACGGUUCCGUACACGGCGAACCCGAAGCCGAGACCAAGCUGGUCGAUCAACGGCGAAGAGGUUCUCACCGGGGACAGAAUCAAGUUCGACACGACGGACGUCGCCUCGCAGUUCAUCAACAAGAAGGCGAAACGAUCCGACACAGGAAACUACACCAUCUAUCUGACGAACACAGUCGGCACAGACUCUGCUUCUUGCAAGGUCCUCGUUGUCGACAAACCGUCCCCGCCUCAGGCGCCGUUGGAUAUUUCGGACAUCACACCGGAGACCUGCACGCUGUCCUGGAAACCGCCGUUCGACGACGGUGGCUCGCCCGUCACGAACUACGUCGUCGAGAAGUUCGAUCCAGCUGGCUACUGGGUGAAGCUGAGCAGCUUCGUCAGAAACACCCACUACGACGUGAUCGGUCUGGAACCGAAUCGCCAGUACAACUUCCGCAUACGCGCCGAGAACCAGUACGGAGUUUCGGAACCGCUCCAGGCGGAUGAGCCCAUCACCGCGAAGUUCCCGUUCACGGUGCCGGAUGCGCCUGGACAGCCUCGUGUCAUCGAUUGGGACACCUCGAACGCGACCGUGGUCUGGACCCGACCGAUCUCGGACGGCGGUUCCCGAGUACAGGGUUACAAGAUCGAAUUCCGCGACGUCGCGGACGACACCACUUGGCGCGUGGCGAACGACUACCUCGUCAAGGACACCACUUAUAUCUGCUACAAUCUGCUGAGCGGGCACGAGUACGAGUUCCGAAUCCGCGCGAAGAACGCGGCAGGAUUCAGCAGGCCGAGCCCACCGUCCGCGCCGUUCAAGCUGAAGAGCAAGUUCAACGUGCCGUCGCCGCCUGGCACACCGCAGGUGGUCAAGGUCGGCAAGAACUACGUGGACCUGAAGUGGGAGGCACCUGUGUCGGACGGCGGCAGCCGCAUCACCGGCUACGUGAUCGAGAAACGAGAAGUCGGCAGCGCUCUCUGGGCAAAGUGCAACGAGUACAACGUCACCGAUACCGAUUACACCGUGAUGCAUCUGAUCGAGCGCGGCGACUACGAGUUCCGCAUCUUCGCGGUGAACGCUGCCGGCAGGUCCCAGCCGAGCUCCUGCACCACGCCCGUCAAGAUCUGCGAGGUCGAGGGUGGCGAGAAGCCGGAGUUCGUCAGGACGUUGCCCGUCACCCAGAACAUACCCCUCGGAAAGACCCUGGUCUUCGAGUGCGAGGCCACCGGGAAGCCUUUGCCCACCGCCAGGUGGCUGAGAAACGGCAGAGAGAUCACGUUGGGCGGCCGCUUCAGGACGGAGGCGUUCGACGGCAUCUACAGAUUGGUGAUAUCGGACGUGAUGGACGCGGACGCCGGCGACUUCAGCUGCCAGGUGGCGAAUCCGCUGGGCAUCGCGACGACCACGUGCCGGCUGAAGAUCGGCACGCCGCCACGCAUCGAGCGCAUGCCGGACGACCUGUACCUCGCCGAGGGCGACAACACGAAGAUCAAGAUCUACUACAGCGGCGACCAGCCGAUGGACAUCACCCUGAAGAAGGACAACCGCAAGGUGGUGGAGACGUCGCACGUCAAGUACACCGUGUUCGACGAGUAUCUGAUCAUCUUCAUCAAGGAUAUCGAGAAAGACGACGCGGGCGUCUACGACCUCUCGAUCUCGAACGACAGCGGCAGCGUCAGCGGAUCGUUCAACGUGUACAUCACCGGGCUGCCGGGACCUCCGACCGGACCUCUGGACAUCACGGACAUCAACAAGCACACCUGCACGCUGUAUUGGCAUCCGCCGAAGGUGGACGGCGGUCUCCGCGUGACCCAUUACAUGGUGGAGCGUCGCGACGUCAGCCACACGCACUGGAUCAUCGUUUCCUCGUUCUGCAAGGACUGCUCGUUCAUGGUGCAAGGACUGACGGAGGGCCAGGAGUACAUGUUCCGCGUGAUGGCGGUGAACGACAACGGAAUGGGCCCGCCGUUGGAGGGCACGAGCCCCAUCAAGGCCAAGGCGCCGUUCGAUCCGCCGGGACCACCGGGAACGCCGAAGGUGACCGAGGUCGGCGGCGACUUCGUGAACCUCUCGUGGGAGAGGCCGGAGUCCGACGGCGGAUCGAAGAUCCAGGGCUACUGGAUCGACAAACGCGAGGCGGGCAGCCAGACUUGGGUGCGCGUGAACGUGGCCAUCUGCCUGCCCACGCAGAUCAACAUCUCGAACCUGAUCGAGGGCAGACAGUACGAGUUCCGCGUGUUCGCGCAGAACGCCGCUGGCCUCGGCCCGGAGUCCAAGGCCUCGACCUCGGUGAAGAUCACCGACCCGCAGGCGGCCAAGCCGCCCGAGAUCAUCCAGCCGCUGCACAAGGUGAACUGCGUGCAGAACCACAACGCGACGUUCACGUGCAAGAUCAUCGGCACCCCGAGGCCCACGAUCACCUGGUUCAAGGGCGCCCGCGAGCUCGUCAGCGGAUCCCGUUACCAGAUCUACUCGGAGGGCGAGGUUCACAAUCUCGUCAUCCACGACGUGUUCGGCGAGGACGCGGACGAGUAUUUCUGCCGCGCUGUGAACAAGUGCGGCGUGAAGUCGACGAAGGGCGAGCUGUUCAUCAAGACGCCGCCGAAGCUGAACGUGCCGCCGAGGUUCAGGGACACCGCGUUCUUCGACAAGGGCGUGAACGUGGUGAUCAAGAUCCCGUUCACCGGCUACCCGAAGCCGAAGAUCAGCUGGGUCAGAGAAGGGGAGACGAUCGAGUCCGGCGGUCACUACACCGUCGACGUCAAGGAGAGGCACGCCGUGCUGACGAUCAUAGACGGCAGCCGAAUCGACUCCGGCCCGUACCGCAUCACCGCGGAGAACGACCUCGGACAGGACACCGCGAUCAUCAAGAUCCAGAUCAGCGACCGACCGGACCCGCCGCGGUUCCCGCAGAUAGACAACGUCGGCCACGACUCGCUCGCGCUCACCUGGAAGCCGCCGGUCUGGGACGGCGGCAGCAACAUCACGAACUACCUCGUCGAGAAACGGGAGCAUCCAAUGACCAGCUGGAUCCGCGUCGGGAACACCAGGUUCUGCACGAUGGCGGUGACAGGGCUGAGCGCCGGCCACCAGUACGACUUCAGGGUGUGCGCGGAGAACAUCUACGGCAGGUCCGAUCCCAGCGAGGUCACGCCGCUGAUCACGACCAAGGGCAUCGUCAAGAGGGAGUUCAAGCAGAAGGAGUACAAGGUGGACGCGGCCGGCAAGAAGAUCCGCGGACGAAGCGACGAGAAACCGUCCGACUACGAUCAGUUCGUCUUCGACGUCUACAGCAAAUACGUGCCCCAGCCGGUUGAGGUCAAGCACUUCUCCGUCUACGACAGAUACGACAUCCUCGAGGAGAUCGGCACCGGCGCGUUCGGCGUGGUACAUCGGUGCCGCGAGAGAGCCACCGGCAACAUAUUCGCCGCCAAGUUCAUACCCGUGUCGCACGCGAUGGAGAAGGAGCUGAUCAGGAAGGAGAUCGACAUCAUGAACCAGCUCCACCACCCGAAACUGAUCAACCUGCACGACGCAUUCGAGGACGACGACGAGAUGGUCCUGAUAUUCGAGUUCUUGUCCGGCGGUGAACUCUUCGAGAGGAUCACGGCGGAGGGAUACACCAUGUCCGAGGCCGAGGUGAUCAACUACAUGAGGCAGAUCUGCGAGGGCGUUAAACACAUGCACGAGAAGAACAUCAUACAUUUGGACAUCAAGCCCGAGAACAUCAUGUGCCAGAUGCGCAACAGCACGAACGUGAAGCUGAUCGACUUCGGCCUGGCCACGAAACUCGAUCCCAACGAAGUGGUCAAGAUCAGCACCGGCACAGCCGAGUUCGCUGCUCCUGAAAUUGUCGAGCGCGAGCCGGUCGGCUUCUACACGGACAUGUGGGCCUGCGGUGUAUUGGCAUACGUUCUACUGAGCGGCCUCUCACCGUUCGCCGGUGACAACGACAUCGAGACCCUGAAGAACGUCAAGGCUUGCGACUGGGACUUCGACGAAGAAGCGUUCCGCGACGUCUCGGAAGAGGGCAAGGACUUCAUCAGACGGCUGCUCAUCAAGAACAAGGAGAAACGUAUGACCGCCCACGAGUGCCUGUUGCAUGCAUGGUUGACCGGCGACCACAGCGACAGAACCAAAGCCAUUUCGAGUAGCCGAUACAUGAAGUUCAGGGACAGGCUGCGUGCCAAAUACGAGAACUGGGACAAGUACGUGCUCCCGAUUGGCCGUCUGGCGGAGUACUCUUCCCUGAGGAAGCUGCUGGUCGAGAAGUACAAGAUUUACGAUUCUUGCUUCGACCGACGACAGGCUGCGCCGAGGUUCGUCAUCAAGCCGACGAGCGCGUUCGCGUACGAAGGCCAGAGCGUGAAGUUCACUUGCCGCGUGAUCGCGAUCGCCGACCCGACUCUCACGUGGUUCCACAACAACCAGGAGCUGCGGCAGUCGGUCAAGUUCAUGAAACGCUACCACGGCGAGGACUACACCUUCAUCAUCAACAGAGUGAAGCUCGAGGACAGAGGAGAGUACGUGAUCAGGGCGGAGAAUCAUUACGGUUACAGAGAAGAAGUCGUCUUCCUGAACGUGCAGCCGCUGCCUAGAGAGAUUCCGAAGUACAGGCCGGAACUGCACCCGGUGCGAAGGAGAGAACCGCUCGGCUACAACGUCUGGUUGGAGACGAUCGAGUCGGCGCCGAGCUUCACGUUCUUGCUACGACCGCGCGUCAUCCAGGUCAGGCAAACCUGCAAGCUGCUCUGCUGCUUGAGCGGCAACCCGCCGCCGACCGUGAAGUGGUACAAGGACAGGGACGAGCUCUCGAAGCAUCAUUACGCGAUGACGCACGCGGACGGUGUCGUCACGAUGGAGAUCAUCGACUGCAAGCCCGAGGACAGCGGAAAGUACCGUUGCGUUGCGACCAACAAGCACGGAAAGGACGAGACCACCUGCGUCGUCAUCGUCGAAGGCACUGGAGAAACUGAGGAGCAAGUUAAAUUAGCGCACGACCUCCUACAUUCCGGAGAUCGAAGAUUCAUCGAGCAACCGAUCAAACCGGCGCCACCGCCGAUCAUAACGAUCCACAAAUCCGGCGGAUACAGCGGCUACAGUUCCACCACCCAGCAGGGUUACUCUAGCAGUUCGAAUUAUAGUAGUUCCACCACUAAGCAGAAUUCCACAUCAUCCUCGUCCUACAAAGCCACAGAGUCCAGCUCGGAUAGACGAAGCGUGAAGAAGUACGGCCUCGACAGCACCGGCAGUCCAUCUCGUUCCAGGACCAGCACGAAAGAACUGAUCUAUCCACCGGACGACUCGAUGAGAGCGCCAUCGUUCACGAAAAAGCUGAGCGACCUGACCAUCAACGACGGGGAGCAGCUCGAGCUGACCGCGAAGGUCGACGGCGAUCCGGAGCCACAGGUCACCUGGACCAAGAACGGCAAGACGCUCAGCUCGUCCGGCAUCAUGGACCUGAAGUACAGGGCCGGUGUGGCCACCCUCGUGAUCAACGAAGUCUUCCCUGAAGACGAGGGCGAGUACACUUGCCAGGCGACCAACAGUAUGGGCACCGCGAACACCUCCUGCAAGUUGACCGUGAAAGCGAACGCGGACGCGGCCGCGAAGAAGAAGACCGACGACAAGCCCCCGCAGAUCGUGGACCACCUGACCAGCAUGUUCGUGAAGGACGGAGAAACCGUGCUCCUUAGCUGUCGAAUAAUCGGCGCGAAGAAGUUCGACGUGGUGUGGCUCCACAACAACAAGGAGAUCAAGCCGGGCAAAGACUUCCAGUACAGCAACGAGGCGAACAUCUACAAGCUGAACAUUGCCGAGAUCUUCCCCGAGGACUCCGGUACCUACACCUGCGAGGCGUUUAACGACGCGGGAGAGAGUUUCUCGUCGUGCACAUUAAACGUACUUGUUCCAAACGAGGAACCGAAGAGCCCAGUCUUCACGACAUUCCCGCAAUCUGCAACGGUGAGCGAAGGCGAAUCGGUUACGUUCACAUGCAAGACUGAAACCGCGCCUUUGAAAGUAACGUGGUUGAAAGACGGAAAAGCGAUCCCAGAAUCUAGUAGCAGGUACCUCUUCAGUUCGGACGGCGAUAAAUCGUUCGAAUUGCGUAUCAAAUCGUGCACGGCCAGCGACGUCGGCCAAUACGUGGCCCGUGCGAUCGGCAAGAAGGGCGAAACGAACGCGGCGUUCGCCUUGAACGUGACCAGCGCCAGCGAACAGUGAUUACAACACGUUGAGGGAUCGCUAAAUACUGACAAGGUUUGGGUUAACAUCCGAUCAGUUUCGAUCGACUGGUCCGAUCUGUCUUUUCUAUACCGAUUUCUAUGCUGUUGUCUUAUGUAUGUGCCUCUACCCGCGUCUACACGUGGUUCUAAUUCGUCUGUUUUCAGCUUCUACAAUGUUUAAACGAGAGAAUAACGAUCAGAGAAAAACAUGUAUAAACGGACUGUAAAAAAUUUGCGACUUGCGAGCUGUCGCUCUCGAUAGGUGGUAUUUAUAAGGUUCGUGUAUAAAAGAGAAAUUAGAGAGAACCAUUAUAUCCGCAAAAGAAAAAAGGAAACCACAAACUCACACCUACACACACGCAAACACGCAUACACACACUUAUUCUAUAUGUAAAUUUUCAUGGAACGCUGUAUUUUCUUUUUGUGUGCUUAUCAUACUCGCAACAAAUGGAACACAACUCGUGUCGCGUUGCACGGCGAAAGGUGGGAGAAGAACGAAGAAGAAUCUGAAUGAUAAUCGAGCAAGUACACGGAUAGCACGCGCAAACUAUACGUUAAUUACGAGCUUUGCUGCAUACACGAAUUAGCAUAUUUUAAGUACACGAUGAUAAGGCAUAACGACAGUAACGGAGUUGAAACGAUGAAUCGUCGCUGUGAAUCUCGGCAGGAUAGCCAGCCAGCAUCCUCGACAUCCAGCAGAACAUCACAUCGCAUCUUGUCUUGCCGAGAUUGUCAAGCACGAUGCAAUUAGUACUGUUGAAAUAUGUACGUUCUUAUUCCAUGUAAUCAUACGCACUGUCGUGUUAUACUUGUUUGAAGACUGCUUCCGUUACAAAAUUUACGAUAAAUAAAAUAUGAUUCAAAUAUAC